GAAACUACGACAUUUACAUAUUCUACCAUGACAACCACACCACAUGUGAAAGAUAGCCAGCAGUUCACAGUGGUCUUCAACCCCGCUUCAGCGGAGGCCAUAGAAGAGGAAUCAACAACAUCCAUACCCACUUCAUCAGAUGAUCCCCUUACUGAAAAAACAAAUCUAGAAUCACAACUAUUAUCGAUUCUCAACGACACUGUCAAAGAACACGAAAAGAGUUGGGAUAAAAUAGCGGAGGCGAAGAAAUCCAUGGAAAAGAUCGUCAAGGAACGUGAUUUUGUGGUAGAAACAACUUCGAAAAAAUUCGCAACUUCACAGGAAGAUGAUGAGACGACAAUUGAAAAUGGAAGCAUAAACUCUGUAGAAGCUGUAGCGGAAGCAGCGCUCCGAAAUGCGCUGAAGGAAAGGGAUGAUAAAACCGAAGAAUUCGUAGAGCAUUCAAAAGCCUUCGCAGCCACCUUACUGAGUGAUGAAAAGAAGUCAGCUGAUGAGACCGAUGCAGAUCCAGAAAUCACAUCCCCUGCUACCGCAACGGAAUUUACCAGCACAACUACUGAAGAAAGUUCAGCGGUUAAUGAGGAAAAUGAAGAAACCACAACGGAAGCGCUUGAGACCACGACUGGCGUCGUGACUCCGCAAGUGCCUGUGCUGCCACCACCCAGCAUUCUCAGCACUGACGAAGCCGCGGAAGUCAGUGAGGUGCUGUCACUGAUCGAAGCAGAUGAAAGAGCAGAGAACGCUGAUGGUGGACCAAGUUCUGAUGAAAUCAGACGUCUUCGAGAACACACGCGCGCAAAAAUAAUGUCUUUCCUACAACGAAGAGUUGAGAAACUGACCGCUGAAUUGGAUAAAACGACGGAAAGCCGGGUAACGACAUCUACUACAGUACCCCCUACAACAGAAGUCACAGAGGCCACUACCUCUACUACAGUACCCUCGACGACUGAAGAAGUGACAGAACCUACUACUAACGCUACCACUGUUACCACUACUAUUACCACUACUACUAUGAUCGACACAACGGAAGAAACGGAGAAAAGCACAGAAUCGAAAGAAGAUUCUACCACAACCAAGGAGCUCACCACUUCCAGCACUAAAGCGACAAGUACGACUGAGGGAAAAUCUGAAGAAGUUGCUAUGGUAGCAUUCAAACAAAUUCCUGAAGCUGAGGAGGAGGAUCCUAAUGACGUUUGUUGGGGAAUGGAACUUUAUCAUAUAAAUUUUGUAAGAGCAUAUUUGGAGUAUAUCCUUUCAGCAGCAGAAGAACUUGAAACCACUACGACAACAACUGCAGUGCCAAAAAGUGGGACCACGGUCUAUAAUUUACAUGCCUCAGCCAAUGCUCAAGCCGAUCCGAAGCUAGCCAAUGUCAUAACUCCAAUUGCUGGAAUACUUGACAACAUAGGUCCGAUCAUCGCACCACUGAUACGAUCGCGACUUGCGGCUGCAAAACGGGAGUACGAACUUACGAGCCCAGCGGAAGAGAUCUACUUCAACACUCGCCAGGUGAAAACUCGAUAA